GCCAGAAAUCCGGCCGAAUCCGUGGCUACCUUGAGCGAGCCAGGUGGAAUCUCAUAUACGGUAAUUUUCACAAAAAUACAAGUACAACUUCUGCAGUUCUGGUUUGAGAAACUGUCUAGCAGACGCUACCAUCCACUAUGCCGUCUGUGGGAUCCAUCAUCAACUAUGCAGUGAUUGGUCUGUUUGUGGCUUACCUCAUUCACGUCUCCCUGGUGAUGUUUCAACUCUUCAACCCGGAGCAGUGCGUGCCGGCGAGCGCCAAGGGUUCGUCACCAUGCAUUACGCCAUACAUCAGUCGGAACCCAAAGUUGCAGUUGAGUCUUUACACCUCCGUGAAGUUGAAAAGGGAACUGAAUGAGAAAGACAUGAGUCUUGCUGCACAGUACGACAACUUCACCAUCGAUGGAGAGUUUGACAGAUCAGUCAAUGUAACAAUACCACGGAAAACCCGGAACAAUGGAACAUUAUUUGUGCACGUUUUUGUGCAUCCACGAGGGGAGUCGCCCUUUCGCAGUAGCCUCGCCACUUACCAGUCCGCCCCCCUCACCAAGUAUGCCCCGCCCAGAUUGGAGGAAUUCAAUCUCCUCAGCGAAAGCAGCAAUGAAAAUACGUCAAGCGAAGUGCCAGUCACACACUGGAAAACCAAGGUGGUCAUCAGCGUUCUGCAGGAUCACCUUUCGAUGAAUCGACAAGCUGUGCCGCAAGAACUCCUACAGUAUGUCAGAUUAACCCAGCGAGGGGAAUACCUACCCAUUUUAUUUAUCAACAACUUGGUGCAUAAAAGCAAACAAUUAAAGCCCAUUAAUGCAAGCACUGUGGAGAUGCCCCUGCGUAUCCUGUACAGCCCUAUCUCCAUCGGCUGGCUCAGACUCUACUCAACCCUUGAGCAAUCCGUGAAGAUGAUGCAGGGCCUAGGUUUUGGCGAGAAAGACACCGAAGAAGUCUUGUCCCUGUUCACAGACAGUGGUCUCUACCUUUUGGCACUGACGGUUGUUAUAUCAAUGUUUCAUUUGCUGUUUGAUUUCCUGGCGUUCAAGAACGACAUCUCGUAUUGGAGAAAGCGAAACACCAUGGCAGGUCUCUCCACAAGAACAGUUGUAUGGCGUGGUUUGAGCCAGAUCAUCAUAUUUCUGUACCUACUGGAUCAGGACACAAGCCUGCUUAUUCUCAUACCGGCUGGUAUAGGUACUGUCAUUGAAAUGUGGAAAGUUAAAAAGGCAUUCAAAGUCCAACUGUCCUUCACCGGUAUCAAACCCAGCAUAUCGUUUGGCACAACGACAGAUUCCGAGAAGGCGACUGAACAGAUAGAUUCACAGGCCAUGCAAUACCUGUCCUAUGUCCUGUACCCGCUGUGUUUGGCCGGUGCUGUGUACUCCCUUCUCUACGUGCCCCACAAGAGCUGGUAUUCAUGGGUCAUUAAGAGUCUAGUCAACGGUGUUUAUGCAUUCGGCUUUCUCUUCAUGCUACCACAGUUAUUUGUCAACUACAAGUUUAAAUCUGUGGCUCAUUUACCAUGGAGGGCAUUUAUGUACAAGGCCUUCAAUACGUUUAUUGACGACGUCUUUGCCUUUAUCAUCACCAUGCCAACGGCUCAUCGUCUGGCCUGUUUCCGUGACGAUAUUGUAUUUGUCCUGUACCUGUACCAACGAUGGUUGUAUCCGGUUGACAAGAGCAGAGUCAACGAGUACGGCAUGUCGUUUGAGAAAGAAAAAGACGCAGUGACGGGAAACGUGAACGAUGCAAAGGAACACACGGAUUAAGGCCAUGAAAACUCCUAGGAUCUGAAAUACAACGUGCCUUUCAGAAUGAUAAACAUGGCAUCUGAUAAUGAUGAUGGUCAGUGGAUACCGCAGGGUUUUGCUUGUGGGUUGGGGGUGGGGGCAGUCAAAAAUCUAGCAGCCGCCAAGUUACUCUUCAGGGGCCCCCAAAUUAUUAUCAAAAAGUUUACUUGGAUUAAAGAUUGUACUAGUAACUUUGUUCAUUUGGAAAAAUAAAAAUGUAGGAGAUUCCAACAUUCAGUCUGCAGUUGACUGAUUUUUUUUAAGUCGAGGGUGCUAUGAACGAAAUCGUGUUUCGUGAUCAUAAGGUCAUGCAUGGUUUUCACUGUUUGCUUGAAAAAAGUGUAAAAAUAUAUCCACUGAGAUGAAACUUCAACAGGGUAGGUUUUGAACAUUCCUCUUUGGAAUUUGAGUGGUGUUAUCAUUGGAAACGAACAAAACGCAUGAAAAGCAAAUUAUCUUAUGUGCAUGUAAGUGGUUUGAUAAGGUUCGCUUUUCCCCAUUUUGGUGGAAGUUGUGCAGCUUGCCGGAAAACAUAUAUGACUUUAUAGUUGGAUUGGACCAUCGCUAAAAGGAGUAAUGGAUUGCAACUGAUGUAUAUAUAUUUAGUUAAAAUUCGGCUGGAAGUUUCAUCCUAACAAAAUCACAAACCGUUGCUCAGGGCUUUUAGUUAUUUUUAAAA